GCGCGGAGCGGCUGCUGGAAGCGGCGCCCGCGUCGAAAGCCCGGCCGGCGGGGCCGGGGGGCCGGGGGGCUGGGGCGGCCGCGGCGGGGCGAGGCCCACUCGGAUCUUCCGCAGACGCGGGGCGGCCGGGCGCGCCGCCGCCGCCUCCCUCGCCGCCGGGCUCCCCGCACUCCUUCCCUGGCCGCGCGCCUCCCCAUGCUCCCCGACGCCGGGUCCGGCCCGGGGGGGCCUGGGGCCGCGGCGGCGAGCCGAUCCGGAGGCCGGGGCCGGGGCCCUGCCCGGGGCGCCCGCGAGGUCUGGGCGCGGAGCGCGCGCGCGGACCCCUGAAAGGAGGCUCAGAUGAGUCCCUGCUGACUUGAGAGAGAAAGAGAGACCACGCUGAUUGCUGAGAGGAACUGGAGGAAGAAACAAAUUCCUAAACUCAGCGAGAAGGCACUCGCCAUGAGCAGCGCUGUGUUACUGCCUCGGCUCCCAGAUCCCAGCAGCAGCUUCCGCGAGGAUGCCCCGCGGCCCCCAGUGCCGGGGGAAGAGGGGGAGACCCCACCGUGCCAGCCGGGCGUGGGAAAGGGCCCGGCCGCCAAGGCCCCGCCCGUCUCCCCCAGCGCCCGGCGGAACGAGGGCGGGCUGGGGGAGCCGGAGGGCCGGGCGUCCCCAGACUCCCCGCUGACCAGGUGGACCAAGUCUCUGCACUCCUUGCUGGGCGAUCAGGACGGUGCUUAUCUCUUCCGGACUUUCCUGGAGCGGGAGAAAUGCGUGGAUACUUUAGACUUCUGGUUCGCCUGCAAUGGAUUCCGGCAGAUGAACCUGAAGGAUGCCAAAACUUUACGAGUAGCCAAAGCGAUCUACAAAAGGUACAUCGAGAACAACAGCAUCGUCUCCAAGCAGCUGAAACCUGCCACCAAGACGUACAUUCGGGACAGCAUCAAGAAGCAGCAGUUCGACUCGGUGAUGUUUGACCAGGCCCAGACCGAGGUCCAGGCUGUGAUGGAGGAGAAUGCCUACCAGAUGUUUCUGACUUCGGACAUAUACCUCGAGUACGUGAGGAGUGGGGGCGAGAACCCAGCUUACCUGAGUCACGGGGGCCUGGGGAGCCUCAGGCUCGUGUGUGGCUACCUCCCCACCUUGAACGAAGAGGAGGAGUGGACUUGUGCCGACUUCAAGUGCAAACUUCCCCCCACUGUGGUGGGCUUGUCCAGCAAGACCCUGAGGGCCACAGCCAGUGCGCGGGCCAUGGACAGCGUUGAAAGCGGGUACAGGGUCCCCGGGAGCAUCCGCAGCCACCCAGCGGUUCCUCCACCACAGAGCCCGGACACCCACUACGGGUCCUUCAGGAGGAGCGACCCCGUGAACCCGUACCACGUGGGCUCCGGCUACGUCUUCGCACCGGCCACCAGCGCCAAUGACAGCGAGAUCUCCAGUGACGCGCUGACCGACGACUCCAUGUCCAUGACGGACAGUAGCGUAGAUGGCGUCCCUCCCUACCGCGUGGGGAGUAAGAAGCAGCUGCAGAGAGAGAUGCACCGGAGCGUGAAGGCCAACGGUCAAGUGUCCCUACCUCACUUCCCGAGAACCCACCGGCUGCCCAAGGAGAUGACCCCCGUGGAGCCUGCCGCCUUUGCGGCGGAGCUCAUCGCUCGUCUGGAGAAGCUGAAGCUGGAGCUGGAGACGCGGCACAGCCUGGAAGAGCGGCUGCAGCAGAUCCGAGAGGAGGAGGAGAAGGAGGGCUCGGAGCUGGCGCCGGGCUCGCGGGAGGCGGGGCCCGCGCCGCACCCCCUCUGCCUCCUGCCAUCUAGCAGCUAUGAGGAGGACCCGCAGACCAUCCUGGACGACCACCUGUCCAGGGUCCUCAAGACCCCCGGCUGCCAGUCCCCGGGCGUGGGCCGCUACAGCCCCCGCGCGCGCUCCCCCGACCACCACCACCGCCACCACCUGCAGCCACACCGUGCGCUGCCCCCACCCGGGGGCGCCCUGACCCCCGCCGCCCUCCCGGCCAGCUGCUCCCUCCUUGGGGCCAGGGGCUUCGUGAGCAGGCAGACCACGAAGCACGUGCACCACCACUACAUCCACCACCACGCCGGCCCCCGGACCAGGGACGAGGCGGAGGCCGAGGCCGCGCCGCGGGCGCGGUGCCCCUGCCCGGGCCCCGGGGGCGCCGACUACUCCUACUGCACCAAGUGCAGGAGCCUCCCCGGGGUCCCCGAGCCGGCGGGGGCCGCCCAGCUCUGCCGGGGCGGUGCCCCCUCCAGACGAAGCGCUAGAGGCUCCGAGCCGGGCCCUGCCGCGCCUGCCCGGGAAGCCGGGGCCCCCGGUGGAGUGGGGUCCCUGCAGCCGCCUGGGGAGGAAGGAGACAGGGCGCAGGUCGUGUGGCAGUGGGUGCUGGAGAGCGAGCGGCCCGGCAAGCCCAAGCCCCACAGCGCCCAGAGCACCAAGCGGGCCUACCCCACGGAGUCGGCCCGCGCGUCCCCAGCCGAGCGGGCUGGCCGCCACCACCUGUGGGGGGGCAGCACCGGGCACCCCCGCGCCACCCCCCGCGCCCACCCGACGUGCACCCAGGACUCCUCGGUGCCUCCCCUGACCCCGCCUAACACCCUGGCCCAGCUGGAGGAGGCGUGCCGCCGGCUGGCCGAAGUGUCUAAGCCCCCGAAGCAGCGGUGCUGUGUGGCCGGUCAGCAGAGGGACAAGAGCCACCCGGGCCCCGGGGUGCCGGGCGCUGCGCCCUUCUCCAGCCCGAGCCCCGCUUCGGAGGACCACAAGGAGCCCAAGAAGCUGGCAGGGGUGCACGCGCUCCAGGCCAGCGAGCUGGUGGUCACUUAUUUCUUCUGCGGGGAGGAGAUCCCGUACCGGCGGAUGCUGAAGGCCCAGAGCCUGACCUUGGGCCACUUUAAGGAGCAGCUCAGCAAAAAGGGGAACUACCGGUAUUACUUCAAAAAGGCAAGCGACGAGUUCGCGUGCGGAGCGGUGUUCGAGGAGGUCCGGGACGACGAGGCGGUCUUGCCCAUGUACGAGGGCCGCGUCCUGGGCAAGGUGGAGAGGAUCGACUGAGCCCCGGCCCAGCCUUUCUCCGCCAGGGCGAGCACGACCCUGCCCCACGAACGAAGUGCAGACCGGUGAAGACCCCAGAGGCGGGAGGAGGGCGGGGCCGGUCUUCACCCUUCACCCUUUGGCCUGGCGCUGCGGUGAGGAAAGCCGGAACUGCUUAUAGAAACGUGACCACUCGGCGCCGGCGAAGCUGACUGUGCCCGAGAGGCUGCCGCGUGUCCUGUGUGACCGCCCGGGCUUAAAUCCAGCCCCAGGUCACCUGGACAGGAGUCCCUGCUGGUAUUUAUUGAACAGGCUCCCCGCGCCCAGCGUGUGGACGCGGGAGAGGGAGUUUCGUAGUUCUCUGUCACCGAGAAUUCAGCUCCGCGUGAAGACAGACUGUUGGGGGUGGCGCCCUGCCGCCCGCACACGCAGAAAUCUGUGCAUUUUCUGCCCACCGCCCCGCUCUGCCCUGUUUUGUCACAGAGGUCUGGAGGCCUGGUGUGGCGGGCCUGUCAGUGGGAUGAUCGUUGGGGGGAAGGAGCCUCCCUGGGGCCCAGGUUCAUCCUGUGACUUCUGGGGCUCCCCACCCCACAGCCGACACCUGCUGCAGCCAUGUGGUUCGACUCGUGCUUUUAUGGAAAUAGCGGUCCUUGGCGUUUUUCAGAGGUUACUCUCUGGACCCCAGCCGUUCCGGAAGCUCCUCCUCACCUCACCCCCGCCCUGCAAAGAAGCGAACAGCUUUGGGAAGACUGGCCGCAGCACUCUCCCGCCAGACACCUUCCUGUGUUGGCGUGGGGGUCUUCACUUAACUUAUAUCUGUGCGUUCUGCCCGCCGUCGUCCCCUGAGCCCGCGUCUGUGUGCAUUGUACGGAGAGAGUUUCCACCCGCCGUCUCAGCUCGACCUUGAAUCAGUACAGCACCUGCACCUGCACGGCGCCCGCGCCGUGUGUCGCCCUAUAUUGAGGGCUCAAGCUUUCCCUUGUUUUUUGAAAGGGGUUUAUGUACAAAUAUAUUUUAUGCCUUUUUAUUACAAGUCUUGUACUCAAUGACUUUUGCCAUGGCAUUUUGUUCUACUUAUACUGUAAAUUAUGCAUUAUAAAGAGUUCAUUUAAGGAAAAUUACUUGGUACAAUAAUUAUUGUAAUUAAGAGAUGUAGUCUUUAUUAAAAUUUUAUAUUUUUCAAAA